CGCUCGUAGCUCCGCAGGUCAGUCCGUUGCUGGAAAACAAGAGAGUAACAACUUCAUCCGUCUCUGUGUCGUCGUUGUUUUAAACUUAAUACUUCACCACCAACAUGAGGGAAAUUGUGCACCUGCAAGCGGGCCAGUGUGGAAACCAGAUCGGAGCGAAGUUCUGGGAGGUGAUAAGCGAUGAACAUGGCAUCGACCCGUCCGGGACAUACCACGGAGACAGCGACCUGCAGCUGGAGAGAAUCAACGUGUAUUACAACGAGGCGACAGGUGGCAAGUAUGUCCCCCGUGCAGUGCUGGUGGACUUGGAGCCAGGCACAAUGGAUUCUGUGAGGUCUGGUCCCUUUGGCCAAAUCUUUAGACCAGACAACUUUGUCUUUGGCCAGAGCGGAGCGGGUAAUAACUGGGCUAAAGGCCACUACACCGAGGGAGCCGAGCUGGUGGACUCUGUCCUGGAUGUGGUGAGGAAGGAGGCGGAGAGCUGCGACUGUCUCCAGGGCUUCCAGCUCACGCACUCCCUCGGAGGAGGCACCGGGUCCGGCAUGGGCACGCUGCUCAUCAGCAAGAUCCGAGAGGAGUAUCCAGACCGCAUCAUGAACACCUUCAGCGUGGUGCCUUCACCAAAGGUGUCAGACACAGUGGUGGAGCCAUACAACGCCACCCUGUCCGUCCACCAGCUGGUCGAGAACACAGAUGAGACCUACUGCAUUGAUAAUGAGGCCCUGUAUGACAUCUGCUUCCGCACGUUGAAGCUCACAACGCCCACCUACGGCGACCUCAACCACCUCGUCUCAGCCACCAUGAGCGGGGUGACCACCUGCCUGCGCUUCCCUGGCCAGCUCAACGCCGAUUUGAGGAAACUGGCUGUCAACAUGGUGCCCUUCCCCAGGCUUCAUUUCUUCAUGCCGGGCUUUGCCCCUCUGACCAGCCGAGGCAGUCAGCAGUACAGGGCACUGACAGUUCCCGAACUCACCCAGCAGAUGUUCGACGCCAAGAACAUGAUGGCGGCCUGCGACCCACGCCACGGGCGCUACCUCACAGUCGCCGCCAUCUUCCGCGGCCGCAUGUCCAUGAAGGAAGUGGACGAGCAGAUGCUGAACGUGCAGAACAAGAACAGCAGCUACUUCGUGGAAUGGAUCCCGAACAACGUCAAGACGGCCGUCUGCGACAUCCCUCCCCGCGGCCUCAAGAUGGCUGCCACCUUCAUCGGCAACAGCACGGCGAUCCAGGAGCUCUUCAGGCGCAUCUCAGAGCAGUUCACCGCCAUGUUCCGCCGCAAGGCCUUCCUCCAUUGGUACACUGGCGAGGGCAUGGAUGAGAUGGAGUUCACAGAGGCGGAGAGCAACAUGAACGACCUGGUGUCCGAGUACCAGCAGUACCAGGACGCCACUGCUGAGGAGGAGGGCGAGUUUGAAGAGGAGGGCGAAGAGGACUUAGCCUAGAGACACACCUACCAGGACCUUUGUCUUUCUAUGCAACAAUUAGGGCUUGGUCAACAUGGUUCAGUCAUUGUAGAAUUGUUUCUCCAGCCUGUUUUUUCCAAUUGUUGUCUGUUCUUUUUCACACUACUGUUUGCUGUUAGCACUUCUCUUCUUCCUUCCCACUUUGAAAAAAAACAGCUAAAAACACGUCAUAUAUAUGUACAUUUAAGUUACUUAUUUUACAAGGAAUAUUUUAAAUUAAAAAAGUUCUGUUAAAAUUAAAGAAAUGAAAAACAGGAGAAAAAAUUGUGUCAGGAAAUUUCUCAUCAUAUUUCAAAGUUCACAGACUACUGACUCCUGGUAUUCACAGCUCUGUCGGUUCGUAGCAGGCACCAUUGACCUUUCUUUGUCCAUUCUUUGGACUGUUAGUGUUGUUCAAGCUGCAGGUUUUAAAUGGAUUUGUGAUGAAAGAAUGGAACACGGACCAGUUCAAGACGCUCAUUGCUGAAUUUGACAAUUACUCUGUUUGAUAAUAUGGAAUGAAAUUAUUAAGCAGAAUGAAAUGAUUUAAUUUAGCAAAAACACAUUGCACUAGAAGAUUUGAAAGCUAGCUAAUAGUGUCAGGAACUGCUCAUUGCUACAUUAUUGGUGUUCUUGUACUUUUGAAAACAAAAGGAUAGAUUGAGUAAUAAAGAUUUUCUGAAUUGAUGCUAAA